UCCAGAAGGAGGACACACAAGAAGUAGCACCUGGUGCAGAGCACCAAUUCCUAUUUCAUGGACGGUAGAUGCCCCGGAUGCUGUAAAAUCACCACCAUCUUUAGCCAUGCACAGAUGGUGGUUUUGUGUGUUAGCUGCUCCACUGUCCUCUGCCUGCCUGUAGGAAGAAAAGCAUGGCUUGCAGAAGGAUGCUUCUUUAGAUGGAAGCAGCAUUAAAAAAAAAAUAUCACCACCCUGAGUCAAGAGGAGUUAGAAACCAGCCAGCA